ACGACACAUGCCGCAUGAGACGAACUUGGAUAGCAACAUUUCUCCAAACUGAAGGUCUUCAAAGGGCUUGAAGGAGAAAGAAAUGUACCCACAAUCCUCCACUCCUGAACACUGAAGGCACAGUCAAACCAGAGAGAACGCAGAGAGGGAAUCUGAGAGAAAGACUGAAGAGCUGUGCCCCAGUGUAUCCUGGCUGAGCGCCCGAGAAGAUCCUGGCCACUGAGCUCUGACCUCUAACCCUGGAGGGGUGGGGGGGCCAACAGGGAGAAAAUGCGGUACCCCACCCUCUUGGCCCUGCUGACAGGGGUCAUGUUGUACCUGGUGAUGGGAGCGCUUGUUUUCUGCACCCUGGAGGCCCCCAAGGAGAGCUCGGCGUACGAAGACCUGCUUAAAACCAAGCAAAACUUCCUCGAUAAUAACUCCUGUGUCACCGAGCUGGACUUCCACAAGCUUGUGAAGGGAGUGGUGUCUGCAGUGGACGCAGGCCUGGAUGUGAGCAGCCUCCCUGCCAACUUUACCAGCCGCUGGGACCUGGCCUCCGCCUUCUUCUUCUGUGGUACCAUCAUUACCACCAUAGGUUUUGGGAACCUGUCUCCACGGACAUGGUAUGGCCAGUUGUUCUGCGUGUGCUACGCCCUAGUGGGCAUCCCAAUGUUUGGCAUACUUCUGGCCGGAGUGAGCGACCACAUGGGCACGGUGCUGCGGAGAGCUGUGGCCAAGAUUGAGACCCUCUUCCUGAAACGCAAGGUCAGGCCGACCACUGUGCGUGUGAUCUCAGCAGUCCUCUCCAUCCUGAUUGGCUGUCUGAUCUUCCUCGCUGUGCCAGCAGUCGUGUUUCAGAAAGUGGAGGAUUGGUCAUUUCUGGAGUCCCUCUAUUUUGUGGUCAUCACUCUCACCACUGUUGGGUUUGGAGACUAUGUUCCAGGUGGUGGUCAUGAGGAUGGCAUGUUCUUCAAGCCUCUGGUGUGGUUGUGGAUAGUGUUUGGUCUCGCCUACUUUGCCUCCAUCCUCACUAUGAUAGGCAACUGGCUGAGGGUGCUGUCUAAGAGGACUCGAGCUGAGAUGGAGGAGUUGAGGGCCCACGCCACAGACUGGACCCAGAACAUCCAGAACAUGUCCAUGGACUUCCGCAUCCCAAACCCUCUGGAGUUCAAUGACCCCUUUCUCCUGCAGCGCCGGCGCUGGAAACGCAGCGAGCGUCGGCGCAUCCGUCGGGGAGCCCAGGGCACUCUGGGAUACUGGGUUCGAGGGGGAUCUGAGAAUGGACAUUUACCAAACCGCUGGGCUGGCCUCUCCAACUCCAUGAGCCAGUUGGAGGCCCAUUCGUCUCUUGAGAGAGCGGCAGUGCCUAAGUCCAAGCCACGGGUCAGUGCUACUGGAGGGGGAACGGUCCCAAAAGCAGGGCCUGGAUUGAGAGUCGACCCCGCUGUGAGUCUGCAGGUGGAAGGCAGGUCAUUUCCUCACCUGUUUGCCCGCUCAUUCUCCCUCCCUGUGGCCCGCUCCACCUUAGAGCUGGACUCCGCAGGUGCAGCCAUGCAGGGGGGAUCUCUUUCUGGAUCUGAGUCUCCUUAUGACUCCAGAUCAGACGGCUCCUCAGUCUCCUCCUCUUUCGCAGUCCACCGGUUCCAGCCCUGCUGUACCAUCAGCACCAUGGAGAAGGGAGGAGCGAGAGCCGCAGAUAUGGACACAGCACAAGAGAAAGACAAACUGAUUCCAGCAGAGAAAUGUGGAUCCGUAGCAAACAGUAGCCACAAACAUACACCUACCCUUGACUUUUGUCCACGCUCCUCCCCUCCUCCCCCCUUCUUUCCUCCUUCCCUCCCCCCAAUCCUCCUUCCCUCCCCUCCCCUCAACACUGCCUCAUCAGCCAGCUGCCAGCUGCUGGAUUUCUUCGGGGAGAACCUGGCGUACAUUGACGAGUCCUCAGACACGCUGAGUGACCGUGCCCAGUCGGCGGGGAGCGAGGAGAAGAGACGGCCGCGAAAGCCCAAGAGGAAGAGCAUAAAGCGACAGCUCUCACACAGGUGGAGCCCCCUGCAGGUGAGGAGGCCCAACAGUGACAUGCAGCCACCAUCCAAUCCCCCUACACCACCUCCAGACUCUUCUCUUUCAGACCUGCCCCAAGCGGGGAAGCAGACAGAUUCAGCUCCUGGACUCUGACGACCACCACACUCACAACAUGGUGCCAAGGUUGAGACAUGACAAGACAAGGCUGUGGGGUUACAGCAAACCCGAUACUCCUACCCACACACAAUGUGCAUACCAAAUCCAAAUCUCACUUUACAAGUCAGCUAUUAAUCAGUGCUAUUUAUGGUUAGCCUUGCAGAGUCAGCCCACAAAUUUUGCUUUGUUACUUUGUGAUCUGGCAAAGCUCAACAGACAUUUGCUGGGGACAGGAGUCCCUUUAAAUAGGCUGCACAAUAGAUGAUUUAUAACUGAGACAUCAACAUGAACCCAGUCCUCGUGACUGGGACAAAUGUUCUCUUAGCUAGGAUGUCCUUGGUCUUGGUUUGAGAUUAUCAAACAGCCAAAAAAAAAAUCAUAGGCCCAGUUUGGAAAUUCCAUGUUUUUCUCAAAUAAAUCUAGAGAGAGAGAGAGAGAGAGAGAGAGAGAGAGAGAGAGAGAGAGAGAGAGAGAGAGAGAGAGAGAGAGAGAGAGACAAACAGGCCUUUCAAAUGAAGGAAUUAUUUUUCAUGUUAAAAUCGACCACACUUGGUGUAAACAGUUUGUCAGGAGUUUUAGAGGUUUCAGGAGGCAGUAAGUCAUAUCAGUAACCAGACAUCAUUAACACACAUACACAUUUUGUUGAUCUGGCUUUUGGCCAAUGAGCUUGGUCGACUCUCAGGAGACAUAUUUGUCGCUACACAUCAGGGUGAAGCUGGCUUUGUGAGGCUAACUUUUGGUGACUGACCAAUGGCUUUACAUUCUGUGCAGGGUUUCCCGCAGUUUUUUUACAGCUGAGGUGGGUCACCUCACCUGGAACCAGACCACUUCUGCUAACAUCAGAAAAAUGUAUACACUUUUACAAAAUAGAACAUUAAAAGGGAAAAAAAGAACAAGGAAAGAGAGCAGAGGAAGAAUUUUACACAGCAAAUGCCAUAUAUUCAGUAAAUGUCAGCAUCAUCUACUAACUAAACUGAUCACAAGACACGAUGCGUCAGGUUCUGGGUGGCUUACCACCUCGGGUGAAAAAAUUCCCUGGGGAAAACCCUGCAGUGGGUGGAGAAACUGAACCACAACAGUACAUCAGUAUCAAGGCACAGCAGGGCCAGUGUCGGUCCUCUGUGUAAUGCUGUCAAACUAGUCCUGACUAAACUUUAUUCGAGACUGAAACUGUCCAGAUAAAACAGGUGACUGACUACUCCCCUUAAAGGUGUUUCAUGGUUCAUGAAGUGGCUCUUGAAUAUUUUUAAUGGAUAAAAAGGGUUAAAAAAAAUAAAAAGUCAGACCAAGUAGCGUUUACGUGUUAAAGCGUUUGUGCUCCUUACACCAUGAUAAACAUCUUUGUGUGCUUGCCUUGGAUAUAAGUGGUCAGAGAGCUGUAACAGCAAUGCUAAGGUUAUUUUUAAGCUUGUGGUGUUUACCAAAUGUACGAUCAAGUGUUCUUAAGUCACUGUUGGCAAGAUUCUUCUUGUGACCACUUUUCCUUUUGGCUGACACAGUUUUUAAUGGGUUUUAUUAUUUUUAAAGACUCGGCCCCUUUGCCACAUAAAUAACCAAGCAGGUUUUUCAAGUUUUGUACACACCUUUCAAGUGCUAUUUGUCCUCAGUUGAACUCUGUUAGUUGCCUCAUGUUGUCUUGCAGUGGCACAUUAAAGAUGUGAUUAUCAGAUCUCUGUUAACACACACUGAUAUUAACAGGGCUUGUCUGUGCAGAGGCCUUUGUGUUUUCUUUUCUUUUUAAUAUCAUUGUGGCAGUGUUCUCAAAGUUUCCUUGUGGAGAUUUUAAACACUGUUAACGCGACAAAGAAGACAACUUCAAACUCAUAAACAUGGAUGUAAUCAAUGCAGGUCUCAAACAAUAAAGAAGAAAAUUGGCUGUGCAAAAGUUUUACAAGGAAAGUUUGUGAGACUUCAGGGAUACGCACAGUGCCUUUUGGUGCAAAACAGUAAAUGUAAACAAAAACUUUGCCUAGAAGAAAACUCCACAGGGCGCCUUAAGUUGUACAAAGCCCGUAAAGUGUAUGAAGUGAUGAUGAGUGGUAUAAAACCAAACCUGUAUCCAAGUUUCAUACUACUUGCUGUUUCUAGACUGUUUUCGAGUGUGUUGAUGCUCACAGGUGCUGAUAGUUCCAGAGAGAUCUUGGAAAACAAAACAACUAAAAAAAAAAAAAGAAUCUCUAGAAAGACGUAUUGCUGUCUCUUUUAAUUGGAAUUUACAUUUUAAAAUUCAUUUUGAUUGACAUAUCAUUUCCUUAGUAUAUAAUAAAGUAUGUUAAUUACUUGUACACUAACCCUAAUAAGAGUAAAGUUUAGUUUCUAGUACACACUGUAUACAGUUAGGAUUCGGUAUAAAAUCGGGACAUAGACUGUUGAUCCCAAACCUCCGUCCACUGGAGAGCAGUGGAUGUGAAAUGACCUGAACCCUGAACUCUCCAAGUCCUGAAUGAACUCAGCUCUUGGGAUGUGGGACAAACAGCCAGUUCCUGCUUACUCAGAACCAGGAGCUACUACACGAGGCUAUCGUGGCAUUAUGCCCUCUACCAGUGCCAAAAUAAGUAACUGACUGAAUCCACACUCAGAUUCAGGCUACCGCAUAUUUUGUAAUUUGUUGACAGAGGGCUGGAAGGAGAAAGACAUUCACAUGGCACUGCACUGGUGUGCUGACCAUGGCCCAUCAGCAAUAUUGUCAUGUGGAGUCUGACUCCUGACCCAAUGAAGGGUGCGUUUCCUCUUUCUCUGUUUCUUUUAAUUCUUCUAUACAUGCAAUAAAAAAUGAAGCUGAAGAGUCAGGAUAUUUGAAUUGUGUCUCACUGACAACUCCUUAGUUUCAGACAAAACAUGUGACUCUUAAGCUCUAAACUUAAAUUUCAGAUAGGGGACGUUUGUGUGGGAUUAGAAAACGUUUUCCGAUCUGUUUACUAAAUGCCUUUCCUGUUAAUUUACUUUACACAUUUGCUUUGUUAAUCAAAGUAUUAAAUUUAAAUGUGAAUGUACAUUCAAAUGUCAACCAUACAUCUUAGUGUUAAAUCUAAGUUCUUAAUCAAAAUGUCUAAUAAGAUUCAUACAGUAUCCUAAACGUAUUACAGCCUAAAUCCAGUGGUUGAAUGGAACUAAGUACAUGUAUUCAAGUAGUGUACAUAGUAGUACACAUUUAAGGUACUUUUCUUGAGUAUUUUGUUUUUAUUCAGUUUAAUGCUUUUUCCAGCUUCUCAAAUGUGAUGUUUUUUUGUUUUGUUUUUUGCUGUUCUUUAAUUAUUUUCAUAAUUUAACUUCCUUUUUAAUCAUUUUGAGAUUCUGACUAUUUGUUGGCCAAAACAAGCUACAUGAAAAUGUCACUUUGGGCUCUGGGUAAUUGUAACCAUGUUUUUAUAAACCAAACAAUCAGGAAGAUGCCGAUCUGUGGCCUCGAGAAAAUAAACAGCAGAUUAAUGCAUAAUGAAAAUAAGCAUUACUUACAGUCCUAUUAUUUAUAGUUGACAAUUACUUCCUCUUCAACCAAAUACAACUGAUAAAUGCUUUUACGUUAUUGCACAAGUAGUAAUAAUAUAAUAUUCCAUAAUAUUACUGAAUAUUUCUUCCACCACUGUCUAACUCUAGAUCAAUUAGUUCUUAUUAUGCCAAAUACAGUCAAUACAUCUUGCAAUAACAUA